GAAAACAAAUGUUUUUCAUCUUUAAUAUGACAUUAUGCAUAAAGAAAUUGUUUAAAUUUAACUCAAUUAUGCCAUAGUUAUUUUUUUAUAUACCUAAAUAUUUGAGAAAAACUAAUCAGAUUGUCUUAAGAAUCAAUUCUGUUAACUGCGCAUUUUGAAUUUCGAUUCGAUUUUGAUUUUAUUACUCGUAUUUGUGCGCCGUCGCCAGAAUAUUGAUUUUAGUUCUCAUAUAACAACAGCUCUUAGUCAGUCAGUCAGUUCGUGGUUGUUGAUUCGAGCGAGCAAUGUUAUUUGAUUUCUUCCGAAACGAUAAAUAAAAACCAUAUAUAUAUAUAUAGAAAUAUAAGACAAAUAUCAAGCGAAAAACAAAAGCCUUUAAUUCCUUUUACAUUUGUCAAUUAGCAAAAAAAGUUUGGAAUAUUUGUUGCAUUUUAAUAGGAAAACGAAACUAGCAGCUGCAGCUCUAAGAAAAACAGCUGCGUUUUGGCGACACAAAAAAAUAACAACAACAACAAAAACUGCAAUCAACCCCCCUUGACUUUAACCACCCUCUCUCUAUACUCCGCCGCCCCCCCUCUCUAUUUUAUUCGGCCAAAAGCAACCACCUCAACUAUUAACUAUCUACCACCAAAGUAAUCCAAAGCAAAGCAAAGCAACCCAACCAAAACAUAAAAACCCAUCUGUAACCAAAAACCUGCUCAGAUAUGGCUUUAGAUUUUGUGGCGACCUACAAGGUGUUAGUUCUGGGCGAUUCCAAUGUGGGUAAAACCUGCAUUGUUCACAGAUAUUGCGAUGAGAAAUACUAUGACACAUAUAUAUCCACCAUAGGCAUUGAUUUCAAACAGAAAUUAAUUAAUCUGGAUGGAGUGCCCAUAAAAUUGCAAAUUUGGGAUACAGCCGGACAGGAACGUUUUCGUACAUUAACCACAGCCUAUUAUAGAGGUGCAAUGGGGAUAUUGUUAAUGUACGAUGUUACCAAUCUGGAGAGCUAUAAUAAUUUGUCAUAUUGGUUGCGUAAUAUACAGGAGAAUGCCUCGCCAGAUGUGGUUAAAGUGCUGGCGGGCAAUAAAUGCGAAUGCUCGGCCACACAACGGAUGGUUGACAAAGAAAGAGGGGAAAAGAUUGCUGAAAACUUUGAAAUGCCCUUCUUUGAAGUAUCUUGCAAAUCGAACAUAAAUAUAGAAGAUGCGUUUUUAUCAUUAGCCCGAAAAAUUAGGGAACAGCGAGAACGACGGGGCGAUAAUUUUGACAACGAUGAGAAACAAGACAAGAAAUCACCGGGCUCCAAUGGCCUAGGAACCUUCAGUCUAGGCAGUCUAUCUGGCGAAAAUCGUUGCACUUGCUAAAUGGUCAAAUUUUGCAACUGCAUUGAACCUGCAUCGAGAGAGAGAAAGAGAGAGAGCGAGAGAUUAAGUUGUCGAAACGAAAGCAAAAAUGCGUUAUAGAAACACAUGUAGAACAACUGUUUGUGUAGGCAUAGGCCAUGUACUUACAUACCAAAAACACAAAAAAGAAAAAAAUUCAAUGAUAUUACAAUUAAAUAUGUAUAUGAUUUCAAAAAGUCAUGCCUAAGCAUAUUACAUUCUAUGUAAAAUAACGUACAGAUUGUGCAUUUUAAGGUACAUAGUCCAAAAGAAAACCAAGAAACAAUGAUAGCUAAAUAUUUUAGCAUAUUCAUGCAUAAAGAAAAAACAUAAUAGUCUAUUAUAAUACAUGAUAUGUCUUGAUUCCAAUAAUUAUACAAGAUAAUU